AUGGUCACGACCGAGACUGUGCGUGGCCUCAAGGACCAGCUCGUGACGGCCAACAGGGCAGGCGACGCCCAGACCUGCAUCGACGUCCUCAUCCGCCUCGAGACCGAGGUCGAGUCCACCAACGCGUUUCUCAAGGAGACCCAGAUCGGCGCUGUCGUCAACGGCGUCGCCCGAGGCGCCUGCUCGCCCGACGUCGCCAACCUCGCCAAGACGCUCGUCAACAAGUGGAAGCAGGCGGUCGGCGUCAAGAUCUCGAACGGCGCUCGUCGUGCCUCUAUCUCGACGACGCCUUCUCUCCCUACGCCCGUCUCGCCGCCGUCCCUCAACCAGAACGGCUCAGUCGCCGCCUCGACCUCGCUCUCGCCCGACGUGGACACCUCGACCUCCUCAUCGUCGUGGUCGCCUCCUCUCCUGCCGAUACCUCGCCGCAAGACGUCUCACGACACGACCCGCACGAUCGUCGUCACGCGCAUCUCGAAGAAGCGCGCCGCCACGACCUCGCCCGAGCCGCACGAGCCGCCGAGGAAGCUCACCAAGGUCGUCGCCGUCCGUCGCGAGCCGAGUGGCCAGGCGUCCGACGGCGAGAACACGGCCGUCGCGCCGCCGGCCAAGAAGGAGCCGGCGCGUUCGCACCGCAACGACGAGGUCAGCUUCGACAAGGUGUUUGAGCUUUUGCCCAACGGCGAGCUCGGCGAGAAGGGCAUCGCGGCGCGCACGGCGAGCCUCAAGGCGCUGUACGACGCCCUGGCGUGCGACUCGACGGCUUCCAACGACUCGAUCCUCGGCAAGGUCAUCGACAUCGAGCAGGCGGCCUGGGACGCCUUUCCUCCCGACGAGGACGACGACGAGGGCAUGCCGGCGGUCGCGCCCUCGUACCGGGCCAAGCUUCGCGUGCUCCUCACGGUCAAGGCCGCACGCUACCUCGACUACCGCGAGCGCAUCCUGAGCGACGAGCUCGACGUCGACACGCUCAUUGCCAUGAAGCCCAACGACUUUAUCACGGACGAGCAGAAAGCGCUCGACGAGCGUGCGCGCCUUGCGAGCCUGCAGCGCGACCAGAUCUCGGCCUCGGACGUCGCCGAGGACUUGCGCGAGAAGGCUCGCUGGCGCCCGGGCUAG